AUGGUUCUCCUCAAACACUUCAUCUUCAUCGUCAUCCUGGCUCUAAGCCAUAUCGUGAUUGCGAGCCCCGUACAACAAUGCCAGAAGAGGAAUCCCGUACAGGAUCAACAAUUCCAACGUUGGAACAACCACUGGAGAGGUGAUGGCAAGCCGAUAGCACGAAUCCACAGCAUACCAUCAGAUGAGCUCCUCGGCUACAACGGAGUACCCGUUUUGCCCGCGCGACCUCUUCAACCUCGUUACCUCGUCGAUGGAAUAGACGAUAGAAAGAAGGUGGUCAGCAACGAGUAUCCCUUCAACAUCAUCAGAAAGAUAUAUCUACGACCAAACAUAUGCACGGGUACGGCAGUCGGACCUCGGCAUUUCAUGACAGCUAGGCACUGUAUUCCUCGGAAGCCAGUUCCAAUGAAGUUGAAAUCAAAGCACGGACAAUACCCUAGGACGUAUGAAACUGCGUCGUAUGUGACUGAUAUUGUUGUUGUUCAACCAAGAGCUAUGGCUUGUACAACGUCCGAGGACUUCGCCAUUUUGAUCUUUGACCAGCCAAUAUUCGAGACGGAUGGGUACUUUGGAGCCAAGCAGUACGAUUACAAGGACAACUUUAACCCAAUUUUUGUGACUAGAUACGAACAGUGCGGCCAGGGAUUUGAACUUGGGACCGACACAGAUGUCGACACUGGACAGUCUGGUGGACCUUUGUACAAGAUGGAGAAUGGAUACGCCAUGCAGGUCGGUGUCUUGUGUUGCUAUCAAGAACAGGUGGGCGGUCUCUAUGCCUCAGGAAUGCACGUUGUCAGCUCGAUUGCUUAUGCGCGCGGCAACUUCCCUUAG